UCGAGCACAAGCGAAAUUCGUCCUUCAAAUUCGUCAUUUGCUGAUUCAGCUGAGGUAGAUAAUGUAGUCCCCUGCAGUUCAGGUUGUGACGAGCUUGCCGGUUCCAGAGCAAGUCCCGUUCCAAUCACUGCCGCUGUUACACCCAGUCGAUCUUCAUCUUUCGAUACUGGCAAUGUUCACCAGACACAGAGUCAGCGCACAAGCAGUGUGAAUGGUCGGCGUAUAGUGGAGAUUGAUCACUUCUUCUCGUCUUUGCAAAGUUUGUCGGUACAUAGUCCGUUUGGUUGCGGCCUGGCUGACAUGGAAAUUGUAUCAGAACAUCGGCGAGGUCUGUGUAGCUCUUUCAGUUUGAAGUGCAGGAUGUGUCUGAGGAAAGAUGUAGUCACAACAGAGGCACCAGUUGAUCAACUUGUUCAACAACGCAUGGACGUCAAUUCCUCAGCAGUGAACGGUAUCGUGUCUAUAGGUUCUGGUUUCUCAGGCCUUCGCGAGCUCCUAGGUGCUCUGGACAUACCCGGCAUGGCUGGUAGCACGUACAGUAAGUAUCAGGAUAUUGUUGCUAAAGGAAUCGACGAAACAGCUUGGGAAGAAAUAAGAAAAGCAGGCAUUGAGGAAGCUCGGUUAGCUAGGGAGGCUGGGGACGUCGAUGCUGACGGUUUUCCUAUAAUUACGGUCGUUGCCGAUGGUGCUUGGUGCAAACGUUCAUACAAGAACAAGUACGACGCUCUUUCUGGCUUGGCUGUAAUUGUUGGGUACCGCACAAAGAAAGUACUGUUCCUAGGCGUCCGGAACAAAUUUUGUACACUGUGCGCAAGUUCCAAGGCAGGGUCGAGCCCAAAAAAGCAUCUGUGCUUCAAGAACUGGGACAGCAGCUCUACCAGUAUGGAGAAGGAUAUCGUCGUUGAAGGCUUCAGGCGCAGCAUUGAGUUGCACGGGGUAAAGUACUUGCAGUUGAUCGCUGACGGUGAUUCGAGCACAUACAAGUCAAUUCUUGAAGCUGCACCGUACCAGCAUCAGGUAGUUCAGAAGGUAGAAUGUCGCAACCACCUUCUUCGAAACUAUGUAAGUCGUCUUCGAGAUGUUGCUUUGGCAAAGAGAACAACCCCCAUUCCCCCAUCGUUGAAGAAGCUACUUCUGGAUAAUGCUGUUCGACUAAGAGUUGGAGUUGCUAGGGCUAUUCACUAUCGCAAAGAGCAGGCCGAGUUCAGCAAACAAGAUCAGAUUCGGAACCUGGUGGCUGAUAUCCGUAAUGGGCCACUCCAUGUGUUCGGCGACCACGCAAAAUGUGCGGGUUACUUUUGCAGUGGUCCAAAAGAAGGGGAAGUCAAUCACGUCCCAGAGCUCAGGAAAUGCGGACUUUUCAAUGAAAUCCUUGUAGCGAUGAGUCGUUUGGCAAACAAUGGUAGCAGCUUGAUCCUUGACGUUAACAAUAAUGCUGCAGAACAUUUCAAUUCUCUCGUUGCAAAGUUUUCUGGCGGUAAAAGAAUAAACUUUUCCCAGAGGGGAUCAUUCGGAAUGCGGGCUUCAGGAGCUGUCGUGUCUUUCAACUCUAAGCAGUACCAUCGUGCUCUACAUAAGGCAGUGUACAACACCAGCCCUGGGAAGUAUGCAAAAAUUAUGCUGAAGCGUAAAGCAGCUGUUCGUGCUGCUUGCAUAAGGCAUCGGAGUUCUGGGGCUGCUCGCUGUAAGCGUUCACUUGAAGGUGCGCCUUGCAAGCGUGCUUCCAGCGACAACCACUAUGGUUCCAUAGUGGAUGCUCCAGACAUGAACCACGAUGACUAUGUUGAAGCUGCUGCGGCGUACAAGGAUUCCCUUGUGCUCUCCCAACCAGAUGCAGAGCAGCUCGAGGCUGAUACUCGAGGUCAAGAAGGGAGAACUUUGUGGAUGCAGGAGAGGCGAAAGCGACUCACCGCUUCUAAUUUUGGCAAGGUAUGCAAGAUGCGAGAUGCAACGAGCAGUGCAAGUACUGUUCGUUCCUUGCUCUAUGGUCAUUUUGACACUGAGGCUCUCCGAUAUGGUCGCGACACUGAGCCCAUUGCAAUUGCUAAGCUGCAGGAUGAGUUAGGGGUGACUGUUUCACCAUGCGGCCUUGUUGUUGAUCAGGAGUUUGCAUACCUUGCUGCAACACCUGAUGGGCUUGUCGGUGAUGACACUGUCGUGGAAGUGAAGUGCCCUUAUUCGGCUCGGCCCCUUACCCCUGUGGAGGGAGUGCGGGCAAAAAAAAUCACCUUUUGCACUAUUGAUAACUCUGGUAAUAUUUCGUUGAAGGAAAACCAUGACUACCACUAUCAGGUGCAGGGACAGCUCCACAUCACUCGACGUCAGUUUUGUCUUUUUGUGGUAUAUUCUGGCGAGGAAAUUUUUGUCCAGAAGAUCGAGAGAAAUGAUGGCUUCUGGAGCAAAAUGAUUGGCCACCUUCAACUGUUCUACUCGCAUAGCCUUCUACCGGAGUUGGUUGACCCUCGUCAGUCCCGUGGGCUGCAGCUCAGAGAUAACAAGAAGAGUGACCAUCAGGUUGCCUCGCUCUGUGAUGCCGCCAAAACAACUUCCAAUCAGGGCGAUUCAUCCAGAAAGAGACGGAAGACUGGUAAAGAUAACUCACCUGCCGCUGUUCUGUAAUUAUGGCUAGACUGUGGAUUUACGUGUCAUUUAGUUUGUGCGGCUCCACCUUUGCCAAGUGUUUUAAUGCAUAUUCAUCCAUUUUGCUUCAUAAUUUACUGAAUGUUUUUCCAUAUACAUGUCUUCGACUUUGGCUCAGGCUGCAUAUCUUCACGUUUGUGUUUCAUAUUUAAGUUACCUUUUUCCAUUUUUACUGUGCAUAUCUGUGCAUAUUUUUCAAUUUUCCUAAAUAUUUAUAUU